UCUGCCCAAAAUACAUAAACCAGGACUUCCUCUUCGCCCAGUCCUGGAUAUGUCAAACUCUACCUACCAUGGAGUGGCAAAGUGGCUAGGUGAACUCCUCCAACCGUUACACAAGAUGGUAGUAAGUCAUAGUGUUAAAGACGUUUUUGAAUUUAUUGCUAACGUGGAUGAUAUUAAUGUAAAUGGGAAGCAAAUGCUUUCCCUCGAUGUAGCAUCACUGUUUACCAAUGUACCACUUAUGGAGACUGUGGAAUUCAUAUGCCAACAGAUACUAGAAAAACAGAUCGACAUCGGAAUACCGGUUAGUAGUCUGAAAGAGUUGCUUUUAAGAUGUACUAUGAAUGUACAUUUCAUAUUUAACAACCUUUACUACAGGCAAAUCGACGGUAUUGCCAUGGGUUCUCCGUUGGGGCCAAUUUUAGCAGAUUUCUUUCUUGCCAAGAUUGAAAAUGGUCCAUUGAAAAAAGUAAUAGAAAAAGCUGAUUCUUAUUUUCGUUAUGUUGAUGAUACCUUUAUUAUUCUUGAUGUGAAAGC